AGCAGUUUGUGAUCUCUCUGUGGAGUAGUUGAGGCAGAGAUGAGUCUGCCAACCAGGGAGCAGUUUGAGGAGUGGAGUCCAGCACAGGUGGCUAGUUACCUGUCUCAGAAUAAGAUGCGAGAAUGUGCCACGACAGUGCAGAAAAUGAAGAUUGAUGGCCGCCGGUUUCUGAGCCUCUCUGAUACAGACUUGAACAAGUUCAGUCUCAUCCAUCGACCGCAGCUCCAAAAAAUGGUCCAGGAUAUCAAAAAGAAUGACGACAGCAUUUUUAACAGAUUGAAAAGGUUUCAGACUGAACAGACGGCUAAUAUUCUCAAAACGGGACGCAACACAUUGGACAGAAUAAAAAACAAAGGACCUCCGAAGGUGCCAGCAAGAGACUAUCCUGGUGACAGCCAUGACGCUGAGUGGUCUGGGUCAGAGUUUGACAGUGAUGUGUAUGAAGACCCACAGGGUGAACAUGACGACAACUAUGAGCCUCCCCCGUGUGAAAGGGUCUUCACUUCUGCCCCAUCCAACAGUUACCCUGAAGGUGAAUACCUGGACAAAUGUCCUGGUCGGCCAACACAAACAAAACGGAUCAAACCCUUCCUGCCAGCCAAACCUCCAUUUUCAGAGAAGCAAAAUCAAGCAGCAAAGGAUGAUGAAGACUACAUUGAUCCAGAGGACGGCACAGAUGAGGAUAACUACAUCGAUCCUUCUGAGAAAGACACACGUGGAAACAAAGGAAAACACCUGGGCAUCCCAAGGCGUUCACACAGCCCAGAUGUGUAUGAAGUUCCUGACACGGAGGAUUCUCCAGUCACCAGUAGGUGCAGCGCAAAGCAUCAAACUCCUGCUCUAAGGCUGCCCCCUAAACCCAGUCCAAGAGCGAAUAUUAAGAAGCCAGCUCCCUGUCCAGAGCCAGAGGAUGAUGAUGACUAUGAAGUGUGCAAUGCUGAUGAUUCUCCAACUUCAUCUCCAAACCUGCAAGGUUUGGCUGAAAGGCCAAAGUUGAAGGCUGCAGAGGACAGACGGCCGUCCAUCCCAGUACCACUGCCAAGAGAAGUGAAGCUCCAAAAACCGCCAGUUUUUCCGAAAGCAGGUAUUUCAACAAGAGACCAUGAAGCUUCUUCUGCAAGCAUGGCUCGAGAUCCACCCAAUCCUGGGGCGACACCAACUCCUGGAUUCUAUCGUGCAAAGAUGUCACUGCCUCGCGAGAUCCCCCACCAGAAGCCCCCAGCAGCAGAGAGAGGAAGCUUAUCUCGGGAGGACAGUGGAACUAGACAGCAAGAGGAGGAGGCCAGUGUUUAUAAGAGGCCCUGGUAUGCCAGUGAUUGUGACCGCAAAAAGGCAGAAGACGCUCUGAUUCGAUCAGCCAAGGACGGGUCUUACCUAGUGAGGAAAAGCUCAGGUGUUGACGCUCUGCAGCCCUAUACCCUGGUGGUGUUCUACAAUGGCAGAGUGUAUAACAUCCCAGUGCGCUACAUUCCCACCACAAAACAAUAUGCCCUCGGCAAGCAUAAGAAUGGAGAGGAGCGGUUUAGUACAGUCUCCGACAUUAUUGAGAACCACCAAAAGAAUGCACUUGUGUUGGUGGACACACAAAGCAACACCAAGGACUCCACCAAGCUGAGGCAUGCAGUGAAGCUGUGAGAACCACUGUGGCAGUGACUGUGUAAAAAGAGAUGCCAUGCUUGAUGGCACACUACUCUCCCACAUCCAUCCAAACAGUACCAGACUUUGGAAAUACUGACUAAGCAUGGAAAUGUUUUCCUGCAAAAAAAAGGGGGUGUCUAGAUUGGUUAAACAGAAAAUGGUGUGUAAUAGUGUGUAAAGUAUGAAUACUUGGAACUGUAUUCUGUGGUCUUUGUAUAUUUUGUUUCUCCUCAAAAUCAUAUCCAGAUUGGAGAACCAUGUGUACCUCUGACUCAUAGUUUAUUAGAAUACUUUUUCUAACAGAGGUUAUUUUUGCAAUGACAUUUAAGCUCAAAUUGUCCAGUGUAUUUCUAGUGUACAUAUGGAACAUUCAGAGUUACGCUUGAUUUUGUUCUACAUAUGUGGUUAGUUACUAAACAUGCAGCUGUCCUGAAACCUUCAAACAACAGUCAGUUCAACUGGAUUUCUCUUAAUCAGACAUCUGUUCACCAACAGCAAGUAUACACACAGCACGAGGAGACAGGGUGUAACAAGCCUGAGGAAAGGCACUUGAGUACAUUAUUAGGAAAUGUUAUUCACAGUUUGUCACGGUUUACACACACCUUUACCAGUGUUUUAAUCUUAGAAAAGAAAAAAGACAACAUCUUGAUCUUAUACUCAGAGAAGAAGAGGCCUAGAGUAAAAAUAAUCAUUUUCAAUUA